UCAUCAGCAUCUAGGCAACAAGGUUACUACGCCUUUACCCACAUCACCAUGGCUUCUGCUGUAGCACCACUUCAUGCUCAUAAUUUCUCUGACAAACGCAACUAUUUCGCAGUUCAAUCUUCCUUCGCCGUCUCAUCCACCGCCUUUCUCCACUCUACACGAACCCUGGAGAGCACGCACCGCCUACCACCAACUGCCGCAAAAACAAAGCAACAAUACGUCUCAUCUAAAUAUCUCCAAUACAACUCACCGACGCACCCCACAAUCAUCCCACCUCCUCAACGCCUCCUUUUUAUCGCCGCCAUCCACCUUCCACGUUGCCGUUCUCACUCACCGCUUUCCUACAAAAUGCGCACAAAACAUCGCUCCUAUCACCUACUGACCCACGGUGGCGACUCACCCGCACCCACCGAUCAGACCACCACUACUCAACAAACACCAACCUCCUCCUCCGCAGCCUCUGCCUCCGCUACAACAAACACUACUGCAUAG